UAUAUAUAUAUAGACAGAUAGAAAAAGUUAGAAGGGGUAAAAGAGAGAAUAAGGGAGAAAAAAGGAAAAGAGAGGAAGAGAGAAAGAAAAGAAAGACGAAAUAGAGAAAAACGACUUGAAACGUUAAUGAUUUGUAAAAUGGCGGUUUGCAUGUUCUGGCUUCUCACCUACGUGGGACAGGGGCUGGACCUGGCGGUGGGCAAUCGACCCGUGAUCAUACAAGUACAAGGCACACAGGGACUGGACUAUCGUCAUGGAAGCGGUAGCAUUAGAAAGAAGAGCGAGCUGAGCUCGGUAGGUAAUAACCUGUUGCAUUUCAAAAUAUAUCCUUCCGAUGGUCCCCACCGGGACGAUCUAUCGAAUUGGCUGGUCUUCAACGACGAGCCGCGGAUAUCCUCGUGGUCGCCGGCGGGUAUGCUGAUCGACGACAUCGUCAAGGAGCCGCGGGAGCUCCAGAACGUGUUCUUCGCCCUGUCGCCCGCCGUGCUGAACGUCCUCUACUCCGAGUACGUGACGUCGCAGCCGCACGCAGCCGCGACGCAGCCCCACAUCGCGGAGCCCUACGUUCACGACGAUGGCAAUCAAAUGCUCGGCGGCCGGCAGGCCCAUCAGCGCCCGAAGAAGCGGCGCAUCGGAUGCCGGCACCCGCUGAGGGGCCCGCUCAGUCUACCGAUCCUGGUGUGCGACGAAGCUGGCAAGAAGGCUACCACCCUUCAGGAAUCAAGACAAUCGAAUCACGACGAUCUCUACGCGGAGCAGAGAUUUAACACUGCGACGAGUACGAAGACUGAUCUCGCGCGCGCCGAGAGCGGCACCCCGCUUAACUUACCUACGAACGGCGGCUUCGUACCGAAGGCCUUCGCUUACGAGACUAGCGGAAACAAGCUACCUGGAAGCAAGCGGAGCCAGAUAACGAUCGGACGGCGUUCGAUCGACGCGCAGGGAGAAUCCCCGGGACACCAGGCUCAAGCGUCCUCGGCGUCCUCGACGUCGUCCGCCGGCGCGAGCAUCGCCUCGCAGCUCAUGCUGAGAUCAAUCCGGGGAAGCAUUCAAUACGACGUGCCGCAGAUCGAAUGCCCAGUCUCCGAAGAUGGAAUGGAAAGAUUCGCUUGCCCGACCGCGGACAGAAUGGGUAGAUAUCAUUGCAUCGACGAUCAUGUCCUGUGCGACGGCUUCAUAGACUGUCCCACAGGCGAGGACGAGGAUCGGCAAGCUUGCAUGUUUUACAAAACCACGAAAGCGCAUCUGGAUGUAUUAGCGGACGCCAUACUACGAUGGGCGAGAGGACGCUAAUCCCCUUCUUUGUUGACGAUGAAUCUCCAAGCUGUACAUAAAACCACAAGUCUGAUACGUCUACUUCUUUAUAUAUUCAUCGAUAUCUUUUUCUCCUACAUUAAUCUAUUUUCCGGAAACUGUUUUCUCUCUAUGUUUGGCGCAUAGAGACGUUCAUAUUGAAAUCAAACUCAGGGGAAUGUUAAGAUGAACCGUCUCUCUCUCUCUCUCUUACUCUUAUUCUCCCCUUUCCUCUUUUUUCUCUAUCUCGUUCUGUUUCCUCCUCUU